CACAUCCAUCCCGGUUAUGAGUUGGGCCUUGUAGUUGCGAUCCACGCCCACAAGUCACAAGACUGGCCGAGAACGUAAUAGACAUGGACGUAUCCGCUCUUGUUCUCCAACGCAGUGUAAGGGAAAGAAGAUCAAGGCUCUAAGGUUGAAGCCCCGGGAGAAUCUGGAUUUAUUGAUUUUCUUAGUUCAGAUCGUUGGUUUCAUCAAGACGAUUCACUGGAGAACGGAUACAUUUCCUUUAGUAAUCCUCAACAAAAACAUCAAGUUCAAUCAUUGUCAGGCUAUGGACAUCUUGAUAAUCGAAGGUUCAAUGGCCCUUCUCGUCCGAUGGAAGGAUGCCCGGAGGAGAUUGCAAAGCUUGGUGAGAUCCAAACUGGUGUUCAAGAUGUGGAACCCAAGAAGUACCCACUUUCUCUAGCAUCAAUGGAGCUUCUUAAAAGUCACGGCAGCGGGUUGAAUGGAGAGAGAAUACAUGAGCCAAGACUAGAACCAUUAUCCAUGAAGGAGCCAACUACUAGACUGUCAACUGAAGAUAUCAUGCGGAUUGCUGGACAAAGAUUUAUUCAGUCUUCUUCCCAGGAAGUUGAUGUCAUGCCCAUGCUUGGCUAUCCUUUCGAUCUUUCUUUCUCUGGACUUUCCAGUGAGGAAAUAGAAGAUAUAGAGCUUGUUGAUAUCCUUCUUGCUUCUGCAGAGAAAGUCAGCAAAAGAGAAUUUGAACGUGCUGGCAGAUUGCUCAGGCAAUGUGAUUGGGUUUCUUCCAAAACUGGAAAUCCUGUUCAAAGAGUAGUUUACCAUUUUUCUGAAGCUCUUCAUGUGAAGAUUGAUCGAGGGUCAAUGGGCUCAGGGAAUAAGGUUUCAACGAAGGACAUUUUUGAAGUGGUUAUGCGUCCUAGCUCUGUCGCCGUAGCUUACCGCCAACAAGUUCCAUUCUGUCAGGUUGAACAAUUUGCUGGAAUCCAAGCAAUUGUAGAAAACGUGGCCGAGGCAAAGAAAGUCCACAUAAUUGAUCUCGGCCUUAAGUAUGGAGUGCAAUGGACUGCUUUGAUGCAAGCACUUGCAACUCGACACGAAUGCCCCCUUGAGCUUCUCAAGAUAACUGCUGUGGGAACGUCUUCAAAGGAAAUUGAGGACUCAGGUAAAUGGUUAGUGGGUUUUGCCCAAAACAUUAACUUGCCUUUCUCUUUCAUGGUUGCUUCAAUAUCAGAUGUGCUUGACCUCAAAAAAGAUCAGUUUAAGCUUGAUGAUGAGGAAGCAACUGCUGUCUACUGUGAAUUUUUCUUGUGGACCAUGAUUGGACAGCCAGGUCUCCUGGAUUCUUUAAUGGGAGUCAUCAGAAAGAUCAAGCCUUGUAUAAUGGUGGUCAUUGAAGUUGAGUCAAAUAUCAAUUCACCAGAUUUUGUGAGCCGUUUUAUAGAGGAUCUUUUCUAUGCUGGUGCUUAUUUUGAUUGUUUUGAGGCUUGCAUGGAAAGGGAUGCUAUAAACAGAUUUAUUCUAGAGUCCAUCUUUGGUCAAGCAAUGAAAAAUAUUAUUGUGUCUGAGGGAGAGGAACGGAGAGUCCGACAUGUAAAGAUUGAUGUUUGGAGGGCUUUUUUCUCCCGUUUUGGGAUGGAGGAGACAUAUCUUAGCAUGUCUUCCUUGUUCCAAGCAGAUCAGAUGGUCAAGAAUUUUGGUCGUGAGAAAUCUUGUACACUUGAUAUGAAUGGAAAAUCCCUAAUUAUUGGGUGGAAGGGAACACAACUUCAUUCGCUUUCAAUUUGGAAGUUCCUUUGACAGACAAGUUGAAAUACGGAUUUGCAUACAGUACCGAGUUUAGGCUCUAUGCUGAUUUUUUCAUCUAUAUCGUUUCCAAUAAGUUUUUGUUAAUAAAUCUGAACGCGGGAUAAUAAGCUGUACAGUUGCUUUUGAUAGGUUGAUCAAAAGCAAUUGUGCACUAAACACCGUUCCUUUUCUAGUCUUUUGUUGCAUGAUUGCAUCACUACUGUUAUUCAUGUGCUUUUAUUAAAUUGCAGAAUGGUGAGUUUCGCCCAAAAUGAUUAUAUAUUGACUAUCAUUUUUAUGUUGAUCCAAAGAACCUGUAUAAGCAACCUUUUGUCUUUUCAAAACUUUCGCCUUCGUAUUUCUGUGAAAAUAGUAUGAUGGAAAUGUGUAAUGGUAGCAUAUGACUCUAAGAAUGCAAGUGCUAUAAUGACUCUGUUUCUUGAGUUUUUUUAGUAAAUUUUGAAAACAUUGUAUUUCAAUUGCAUUAUCUUUUCUCUCCAUCUACGGUCUCAAUUUAUAAUCAUUGACAUAUUUUGUUUGGGCAAAGACU